AUGGAAUUAAUAAAUGGUUCACAAAUAGAUAAAUCAAGUAUAGCUCUUCUAGCAUCUCAUUUAAUAACAAAUUUUAUGACAAAACAAGAGUUUUUAGAAGAAUGUAAAGUUCAAUUACCUAUACAUAAACCAUAUUUAAAUAAAUCUGAAGUUUAUUUGCUUUGUUUGAAUGCUUUAAAGGAAGUUUCAAGAAUAAUUGGUGAAAGUUCUUCAGGAAAGUUAUUAUCAAAAGAUAAACUACCAAAUAUCACUGAAAAUAUUAUAAAUUUUUCCCCAAAAGAAAAAAAGGAAAAAGAACAUAUUAUUAGAGGUUAUGAAAGACUCCUUGAUCAAGUUGUUGAUAUAUUUUACAAUGAUUUAUAUUUUGACGAAGACUUAUUGGAGGAAGAUAACGAUUUAAUUUCUAAUUCUUUAAAAGAAUUAGCUAUAAAUGAAAUCACUAAUUUAAAUAAUAAUGAUUUAGAAAAUUUAAAGGAAAAGAGUACCCCUACAAAAUAUAGUAAGAUAGAGUAUCCAAAACAAUUAUAUCCUUUAGCAGUUGAAGUUCUAUUAACUUUAGAUUAUGAUGAUUUGGUAAUUUGGGAAUCAUUACCACUUUUACUGCAAAUCCGUAUAUUAAAUAAUUAUAUUUUAUAUCUUUUAAUAGAAAAGAAGUUAAAUUAUUCAAAAUUUGAAAAUCAUAAACUAUUUGUUAAUGCUUUUAUUUCAUCAAUGAAUGCUCCAGAGAAAUUAGAGAUACCAUCAGAUGAAGGUAUAAGAGAAGCUAGAAUGGAAUUAUGCAAAUUAGGUAUACUUUAUAAGCCUGGAAUAGAUAUAGAACCUUUUAAGACUUUAUUUAGUGUCCCUAAUCAUUCCCUUGAUUUAUGGAAAAAAUUACCAUUUGAGCUACAACUUGAGCUAUUAGUAGCAUUUAUUUAUAGUAUUAGAAAUAAUAACGAUUUGGAAUUAAAUAAGUAUCUGUUUUAUAAUUUAAGAAAAAAUAAAUUUCCAGAUGGUAUACAAAAUAUAAUAAAGCAAUAUUUGUUAAAAAAAUUUAUUAUAGAAGAGAAUAAUGUAGAGUUAGCGUAUCAACACUUUAGGAAGAUAUUAUUUUAUGCUUAUAAAGUAGGAAUGAAGGAUUUGGAAGAUAAAAAUUUAGAGGAUACAGCAAUAGUAUUACAAGAUCCAUUUGCUACACUACAAAAAAUUAAUAUUCCUAAUAAUUCAGAAAUAAAAGAGGAAGAAGCAAUAAGUAUUGCUGAAACUGAAGUUAAAGAAAAUAUUGGGGAUACACCAAUUGAUUUAAAGAAAGAAACAAAAUCUGAUACAUUAAUAAAUAAAGAAAUAAAUAAAAACUCUAAAGAAAUUAGACCAAUUUUGAAAAAACAAUCAAAAUUUAUAACAGAUAAAAAUAAUAUUUAUAGUAAAAUAGAGUAUCCACAGAAAACUUUACCAAAAAAAGAACAAAAGUUAGAGGCUACUUUAUUAGAAGGGUUUAAUAAAGCAAAGAUUAUAAAAUCUGCUAAUUUAGUAGGUGGAAUUAAAUCAAAUUUUCAGGAAAGACCUGAUUUAAGAAUUAUUCCAGUACAUGAUAUUAAGAGUAAUGGUUUAAAAAUUGUUGAUGCUAGUGGUUUUAGUGUUAUACCUUCCACUGCAAAAUCUCUUUCCUAUAGCCCUAAAGAAGGUGGCUGGAUUAUCAAUACUGAAAAUAAUCAGUUUGAAAAAGACGGUGAACUUAAUAAUGAUGAGAAAAUAGAAACUAGUGGUGAUAAUGAGUUUAAUGAAGAUCAAGGGAGAAAUUGGAGAUAA